AGCGUCGUUUUGUUUUCAGACAUCAAGAUGCGUGAAUACAAGCUGGUGGUUCUGGGAUCCGGCGGCGUCGGAAAGUCUGCUCUGACGGUCCAGUUCGUUCAGGGAAUUUUUGUGGAAAAGUACGACCCCACGAUAGAAGAUUCCUACAGGAAGCAAGUGGAGGUGGAUUGCCAGCAGUGUAUGUUGGAGAUUUUGGACACGGCGGGCACGGAACAAUUCACUGCCAUGCGCGACCUCUACAUGAAGAACGGUCAAGGCUUCGCCCUGGUUUACUCCAUCACGGCUCAGUCCACUUUCAACGACCUUCAGGACCUCCGAGAGCAGAUCCUGCGCGUCAAAGACACGGACGACGUUCCCAUGAUCCUGGUGGGCAACAAGUGUGACCUGGAGGUGGAGCGCGUGGUGGCCAAGGAGUCCGGCGUGGGUCUGGCCCGCCAGUGGAACUCGUGCGCCUUCCUGGAAACGUCUGCCAAGAGCAAGAUCAACGUCAACGAGAUUUUCUACGACCUGGUAAGACAGAUCAACAGGAAGAGUCCAGUGCCAGGCGGCGCACGCAAAAAGUCCACUUGCCAGCUCCUCUAA